GUUUUGCUCGACAUGAAAAUGAUAUCGCGAUAGCUGCUGUCUGGUGCGGUCUGGUGUCUGGUCCAUCCAUCGGCCGCAUCCCCGGCCGCCCAGACCCAGUAGUUCCUCUCCUUGCUCUGCUCUGCAGCGGCCUCUCCUCACCCUGUGGCUGUGGCGUGCAAGUGGAGGACUGGAGCCUGGAGGUGGAGCCGAAGCGAAUCGAAUCUUUCUUCUUUUCUUUCCUGGCACACCGGCAUACAUACAAGAACAUUUGCUCCUUGUCUGUUCAGUUCAUCCCCCUGCUUCCCCCGCCGGCCCAUCUUCUCCCCUUCACUGGUCAGCUGUUCAGAGAGAGUCUAUUUGCAAUCUUGAUCCUCAAUUCUCGACGCCUUGUUCAGUUCCUUCUUGCUGUUGCGGCUUCGCUGUGGCUUGCCCUGCCCCCAAGUUAGUUUCUUCUCUUUCUUUUGUCGGUGCUCGCCUGUCUGUUUCUUUCUUCCUUCUCCCAAUCCAUCGCGGUCGCCAUGUCCCGAGUUCCUUCCUUUCCUGCGCCUGGAACGUCUGGGGCUGAAGCUUCUUGAGGACCCACCCUAUCCUACCGCCGGCUCCUCUUGAGCUGCUUAGCAGAGCAGAGCAGAUGGGUAUGGCUCUGCUCCUCCGCGUGGUCUGCCUCUGCAGCGCCCUCGCAGUGGCCCUGCCGGCGCGGCCGCCCAGCGUCACCAUCGGCGCCCUCUUCACCUUCGACUCCGUCAUCGGCAGCUCCGCCGCCACCGCCAUCCAGCUCGCCGUCGACGACAUCAACCGCGACGCCACCGUGCUCAGGGGCACCAACCUCACCAUGCUCAUGCAGGACACGAUGUGCAGCGGAUUCGUCGGCACCAUCCGAGCUCUGGAGCUGAUGGAGAAGCAGGUUGUGGCCGUGGUGGGCCCGCAGUCGUCUGGCAUCGCCCACGUGGUGUCCCACGCGGCGAACCAGCUGCGCGUGCCGCUGGUGUCCUUCGCCGCCCAAGACCCGGCGCUGGCGUCGACGCAGUACCCCUACUUCGUCCGCGCCGCGCACGACGACGCCUUCCAGAUGGCCGCCGUCGCCGGCAUCGUCGCCCACUUCGGCUGGCGCGAGGUCACCGCCGUCUACGUCGACAACGACUACGGCCGCGGCGGCGUCGACGCGCUGGGCGACGCCCUCCAGGACGUGCGCGCCAGGAUAACCUGCAAGGCCGCGUUCCCGCCCGGCGCCGACCGCGCCGCGCUCGCCGACGUCCUCCUGCGGGCCAACAUGAUGGAGUCGCGCGUCUUCGUCGUCCACGCCAGCCCGGACUCCGGUGUCGACGACGUCUUCGCCGUCGCGCACACGCUCAACAUGAUGGACAGCGGCUACGUCUGGAUCGCCACCGAGUGGCUCGCCGCCGCCAUCGACUCCUCCUCGUCGUCGUCGAGAGCACCAAGAGGAAUGAUGGGCCUCAUACAGGGCGUGCUGACGCUGCGGCAGUACACCCCGGAGUCGGACGCCAAGCGGUCUCUCGAGACGAGGUUCGCCGCCGCCAGCCGAAGCAGGAGCAUGAACGCCUACGGGCUCUUCGCCUACGACUCGGUGUGGAUGGUGGCGCGCGCCAUCGACGCGUUCCUGGGCGACGGCGGCAACAUCUCCUUCUCCGCCGACCCCACCAUCCGCGACGACAACGGGAGCGCGCUGCGCCUCAGCUCGCUCCGGGUGUUCGACCAGGGCGAGCAGCUGCUGCGCAAGGUCAUGCUCGCCAACUUCACCGGCGUCACCGGGGAGGUGCGGUUCGACGACGGCGACAGGAGGGCCCUCGUCGGCGCGGCCUACGAGGUCCUCAACGUCGGCGGCACGGGCGUGCGGCGGGUCGGCUACUGGUCCAACCACACCCGCCAGCUGUCGGUCGCCGCGCCGCCCAACAACGGCAGCAACCAAAAGCUGUACAGCGUGAUCUGGCCGGGGGACACGACGGCGACGCCGCGCGGGUGGGUGUUCCCCAACAACGGCCGGCCUCUGCGGAUCGGCGUGCCGUACCGGACGACGUACAAGCAGUUCGUGUCCAGGGACUCGUCGGGGGGGCCCGACGGCGUGAGCGGCUACUGCGUCGACGUGUUCAAGGCGGCCGUGGAGCUGCUCCCCUACCCGGUGCCCGUGUCCUUCGUCCUCUUCGGCGACGGCGUCAAGAACCCGAGCUACGGCGAGCUGGUGCAGCGGGUGGCCGACGGAUUCUUCGACGCGGCGGUGGGCGACAUCUCGAUCGUGACGAACCGGACGCGCGUGGUGGACUUCACGCAGCCGUACGUGGAGUCCGGGCUGGUGAUCGUGUCGCCGGUGAAGGCCAAGAGCUCCAACGAGUGGGCCUUCCUCAAGCCCUUCACGCCGGGGAUGUGGGCCAUCACCGCCGGCUUCUUCCUGUUCGUCGGCGCCGUGGUGUGGAUCCUGGAGCACCGCUUCAACCCGGAGUUCAGGGGGUCGCCGAGGAAGCAGAUGGUCACAAUCUUCUGGUUCAGCUUCUCCACAAUGUUCUUCGCGCACAGAGAGAACACUGUGAGCACCCUUGGUCGCUUCGUCCUCCUCAUCUGGCUGUUCGUGGUGCUCAUCAUCAACUCGAGCUACACUGCGAGCCUGACGUCGAUCCUGACGGUGCAGCAGCUGUCGACGGGGAUCCAGGGCCUGGACAGCCUGCUCUCCAGCAACGACCCCAUCGGGUACCAGGUCGGCUCCUUCGCCCGCAGCUACAUGAUGGAGGAGCUUGGCGUGCCCGCCUCCCGCCUCCGCGAGCUCGCCAUCGACCAGUACGCCGACAGCCUCCAGCGCGGCCCCGGCAACGGCGGCGUGGCCGCCAUCGUCGACGAGCUGCCCUACGUGGAGCUCUUCCUGUCGACCAACUGCCAAUUCAGGACGGUGGGGCAGGAGUUCACCAAGAGCGGGUGGGGGUUCGCCUUCCAGCGGGACUCCCCCCUGGCGGUGGAUCUGUCGACGGCCAUCCUGACGCUGUCGGAGAACGGCGACCUGCAGCGCAUCCACGACAAGUGGCUGAACCCGGGGACGUGCGACUCGCAGAGCGCCGACGUGGGCUCCGCCGACCGCCUGAACCUCAACAGCUUCUGGGGCCUCUUCCUCAUCUGCGGCGUCGCCUGCUUCAUCGCCCUGCUCAUCUACUUCGCCAGGAUACUCUGCCAGUUCUGCGAGUACCACGACGGCAGCAAUAAUAAUACCAACGCCGACGACAGCGGCGACAUUAUGGACCCCGAGAGCGAGAGGAGCGUGCGGCGGCCGGCGAGGCUGAGCAGCAUCCGCGACCUCAUGUCGUUCGUGGACAUGAAGGAGGCGGAGGUGAAGAGGGCCAUCCGGAGCAGGUCCAGAGAGAGGCGGCUCGACAGGUCCAUGGGCGCCAGCUCCGUCUCGGAAGGGCCUUCCUUGUCGCGGCCGUCGUCCAUAAUGUCGCCGGUGUAAGCAUGUGUCUUUCUUGUCGCGCCGGUCCGUUCAUGUUACUGACUUAGGCUUGCAAGUCAGCGAGGCUGAAGAUAGAUAGAUCACUUACUACUACUACUACUAGUAGGUGUAGUCGCGUAGAUGAGAAGGAGGUAGCUAGAUUACUUGUGUGGAGAUACGAUGCAUGCAUUUCGUCCAACACCUUGCGUGCGGCCUUCUUUGCACAAAAUAGCAUCACGUUCCUGAAUCCUGAUGCUGUGAUGUGCACAGGAUCACCUUCUUGACUGCUCAUCCAUAUAUCCACCUUUCCAUUUUCAGUGCAUAUGUAACAUAUACAUGCUAAUAUGAUGACCUCAUGAAGUGAAAUGGAAUUGUCUCAAAAGACUUGGCCUUGUUUAGUUGGCCAAAUUAGGAGAUGCAAAA